AUGUCCAGCAAUGUCCACGACGAUAGUAUCGCACCAGGUACUGUCAGGCUUAUCGAUGCCAAUGGGGAACUCAAUGUCAAGCACUCCGAGGGCCAUGGCGACAUCAUCCUUGUGCCGACACCAUCUGAGGAUCCAGAAGAUCCACUCAACUGGACAAAGAAGCGCAAGUUAUUGCAUACUGCUUGUAUGGUUAUGUACACUGUGAUGAUGGUAUUUCCCUCGGCCGCUGUCUACUCGGUCGCCAAGCCCAUAUCUACCUCUACUGGCAUCUCCAUCACGACAAUCAACAGAGGCACCGGUGUCAUGUUCCUCUUAUACGGAUGGUCGACAGUCUUUUGGCAAGCAGUUGCGUUGCAAUACGGAAAGCGCCCAAUCUACCUGAUUUCUGCAGCUGCAUCGGUUGUAGUCAUGGCGGUUGCACCAAUGUGUCGUUCUUCUGAAACAUAUCUGGCAAUCAGAAUCCUCCAGGGAUUCUUUGGCGGUCCGGUCGAGAGUCUUUGUGAAAUCAGUAUGACCGACAUUUGGUUCGCCCACGAGCGACCUCUCUAUAUCGCCCUCUAUGGCGUCUCACUUGGUGCUUCUGGCAAGCUGGCCCCCGUUUUCAGUGCAUUCAUCAACAGUGGCAUGGGCUGGGAAUGGACCUUGUGGUGGUGUGCUAUAGGUAUUGGUAUCGCUUUCGUCUUCUGCCUUCUGCUCAUGGAAGAGACAAACUACGACCGUCACACCACACAAUCGUCAUCGCCCAACUCACAGGCUAUUUUUGAAGGCGUCAGCGAGCUUGGGCUAUCUGAAAACGAGAAGGCCACCGCCAAGGAUGAUGUCCAAGUCAGCAAUUCACCGCUCUCGAACGAGAAAAGGUCUUCCGAAGAUCAACAUGCUGCAGACGUGGUAGCCGCAGAGUUGGGACAUGUCACGUACCCACGAAAAACAUACCGGCAGAAACUGAGUGUCAUUGACAAAAAACGACCAAACCGCAUGCUGGAUAUCAUGUGGGCACCUUUCAAAUUCUUUACUUUUCCGGUUGUUGUCUGGGCAGGCUUCAUGUAUGGUCUACAAGGACUGGUGUACCCAGGAAUCUUGAACGCCACAGCGAGUGUCAUCUACACCAACAGCUACUACCACUUUUCGAGCGAUGCAGUAGGCUUUGCUUACUUUGCGGCCGUUGUUGGUAUGAUCUUGGGUUCUCUUUGGGUGACGCUUGUAGGCCCAUGGCUAGUCAUCAGGCUGGCUCGUCGCAGAGGUGGUAUCUCCGAACCUGAAGACAUUCUGUGGCUCUUCCUAGCCUCAGCCGUCGUUGUGCCAUUCGCACUGAUCCUAUGGGGAGUUGGGAGCCAGCAUCAUGUACACUGGUUCGGACUUGUUUUUGCUCAAGCAAUUCUAGCCAUCUCCAGUACACUUUGCUUAUCCACAGCCAUUCAGUAUGCCACGAGCGCCUAUAGAGACUUGAGUGGCGAGCUAAUCACAACCAUUAUUCUUAUACGGAAUACUUUGAGUUUCGCCAUCAAUUAUGGUAUCAACCCAUGGCUCGACGCCAUGGGGACACGAGACACGUUUAUCACGGCAGCGAUGAUAGCUCUUGUUUUGAACAGUUCCAUGUUCAUUGUGAUCCCACUUGGUCGCCGGCUCCGCGAACAUAGCGCAAGAAGAUAUUGGACAUAUGUUGAACAGGCAAGAGCUAAGGGACUAGGGCAUUAA